AUGGAGUCCACAAAUAUAGCAUUGCCUGCCUCCACAAUAUUCCCUGUUGAGGUGACAGCCAUCCUCAAGGGAGCCGGCGAUGAGAUUGAAAAAUUUGCACCCAUUCUGACCUUCAAAUAUUGGCAUGAGGUCGAGGACAACAUUGGCGAGGAAACCAACGUCUUCCCCAAACCACCACCGACCAUGGUUCGCAAGGAGUUCUUCUCCAACUUUGAAUCGCCCGUCAAGGGCCAAAUCGACAACUGGAGCAUCAAGGUUGGUGACAUGAUCGAGUCCGCGGACCAGAUUGUGGCGGCUGUUCAGGAGCCUUGCACCCACGCUGUGCAAUAUGGAGGAAUGUGUGCAUGGUGUGGCGCCUCUGUGGCCGACGAGAAGGACUACACCGAUUUCAGCAACAAGGAUCGAGCACCGAUCAGCAUGUCCCAUUCGACUGCAGGACUGACCGUCAGUUUGUCUGAGGCCCAGCGACUGGAGGAAGGAUCGACCAAGCAGCUUCUCAAGCAGCGAAAACUGAUUCUGGUCGUCGAUCUCGAUCAGACCGUCAUACAUGUCACUGUUGAUCCUACCGUGGGUGAAUGGAAGAAGGAUCCAUCCAAUCCCAACUACGAUGCCGUCAAGGACGUUCGUGUCUUCUCUCUUGAAGAAAUGACUAUGGUCAGCUACGAUGGAGGCAAACCAGUGCCACAAUUGUGCUACUACUAUGUUAAGCUUCGACCUCAUCUGAAGGAGUUCCUCGAGGUUGUCUCAGAGAAGUACGAGCUUCACAUCUACACAAUGGCCACCCGCGCCUACGCCAAGGCUAUUGCAGAAAUCAUUGAUCCAGAUGGACGGUAUUUUGGUGAUCGAAUUCUCAGUCGAGACGAGUCGGGAUCCUUAACUCAGAAGUCGCUCCAGAGACUGUUCCCUGUCGACACAUCCAUGGUCGCUAUCAUCGAUGAUCGUGGAGAUGUCUGGAAGUGGAGCAAGAACCUGAUUAGAGUGGUUCCUUAUGAUUUCUUCGUCGGCAUCGGAGACAUCAAUAGUUCCUUCUUGCCCCAGAGGGCAGGUAUGGUGACACCCAAUAAGCCACCAGGCAAGGAUGAACGAAUCGAAGAGCUUGACGACAAGAAGGAGGGUAAUGAACAAGAGGACAACCCAACCACAGAGAGCAAUGGCACAAACGAAGACAAGGGCAAGGAGAUCGACAACGGCGAGUCCGAUGAGGACUCUGAUAAGAAGGAGCACGACAAGAAGGUGGAAACAACGGAGGGCAGCGAAGCUGACGAGAAGAGUGACCCAGAGACCACAGAGGAGGCAACCAAGCCCUCAUCUGCCCCUGCUGAGAAGGCUUCGCCUGUUGCUAACAUGCUUUCGCUCGACAAAGCCCUUCCUGCAGCCGAGGACGAGAGAAAAUGCUCCCUUGAAGCUCAACAGAAGGACAGACCUUUGGCCAAGCUUCAGUCAGACCUGGACUCUGCAUCUUCUUCGGAAGACGAAUCUCACGAGGAGCGCCACCAUCUGCUAGUGGAUAACGACAAUGAGCUCAUCCACGUUCAGAAGGCACUGCUCAAAUUGCAUGAGGAUUACUACAAGGAUUAUGAUGACCACGUGAAGCACCAUGAGGACAUUCUGCCCGAUGUUCAGGAUAUCCUCAGCUCACUGACCUACCCUGUUUUUGGCGGAUGCGUGUUCCUUUUCUCAGGUAUCAUCCCUAUUGGUGUCAACAUUCAACACGCCGAUAUCAGUAUGUGGGUGAAAAAGUUUGGUGCUACUGUUGUGGAGGACGUGUCGAAGCAGGUGACCCAUGUUAUUGCUGCAUCUGGAAACACCAGAAAGGUUCGACAAGCCUCCCGGUACAAGCGCAUCAAGUUUGUUUAUAUUAGUUGGAUCUUUGAUUGCAUUUCUCAAUGGAAGCGUGUGCCUGUAGAGGGCCAUGAGAUUCCUCAACAAGAGAUUAAUGAAAACGGCUUCAGUGACGGAGGAGAGCAUGUGGAUGACGAUGACGAUGACGAUGAUGACGACUUGGAGGCUGCGCAGCCCUUCUCCCUAAGCAAUAUGGACUGGGGUGACGAGCUGGGGUCUUCCGACGACGAUGAAGACGAGGAGGAGGCUGAUCAUGCAGAUGACGAGGGAUCCAACAAGCGAUCUCAUGAUGAAGAUGACGACACUGACAGUCUGACCAAGAGGCCCAAGACUGUCGACGAAAAUGACGGAGGUGGAGAAGGUGACGACGACUUUGCUGCCCAGUUGGAGGCGGAUUUGUUGGACAUGUAG